AUGGGCUGCAAUCUGUGCACUUUACAGAAGCGCGAGGAACACUACAAGCUGCUGUAUGAGAUUGCACAGGGGAUCAGCACUCGCCGAGGGGGCCAGUCUCGAGGGCGCACUCACGUUGACAAAAGCUCCGCAGCCCGUCUGCCCUGUCCACCCAAUGAAGCUGGCUGCUGCAUCAGCACCACGGACAGAGGCGCGCAGUGGGAGGCCAGUGCGAAGGGGAUGGAGCGUGGAGGAUAA